AUGUUGGAACAUCUCACUAUACAAUUACCUGGACUUCUCUCUUAUUUCCCCUUCGCUUGUCGUAUAGCUGCGUUCAUCCUCUUCGCACCGUUCGGAUUGUGUAUCAUCCUCGAUAUCAUAGCAUACGCAAUCGCACGUACACUGCACCUCUCAAUCACUCAAAGAAGAGUACCCAGAUCACCACCCACCAUCUCCAAAGAAAUCCUCUCGAGCGAUAUCAUAUCUUCUGCUGAAGUAUCGGAAGAAGAGUCCGUAUCGGAUAACUAG